GUACCCGCCAUGAAUAAAUAUAAACACAAAAAGUAAAUAACACUGAAAGUGAAGGGAGUGAGUCCGUCGGACAGAACUGUUCCAAACACAAGGGAGUGUGCACGUUCCACGCGUGUUCUCAGUAAAGUACACAGAGCAGAGCGGAGUGACGUCAUUGUAAUUUCGUUUAGUUCCCCUCUACAAGUUUAUCCGAGUUUGUCUUCCGAUGAGUUGAGUUUUGAAAACAAGAAUUGACUAGAGUGAGAGUAAGCCUCUAAAAACGAACACUUAAAAUUACCUAAAAUAAUUUCAACACCUUAAUACCAAUAAUUAAAAAAAAAAAUAAUUUUUAAUAUCUCGAGGAACAAGAAGAAGCAGCGGUGGCUCAGAUAAAAACAAAAAUAAAUAAAGGUGGAAUUAAAAGUUUAUAUUGACUCUCUGUCUCUCUCAGAGUCUGGCGGUGUUGGUUGGCAUUACAGUAAACCAAUCACACUUAUAAUACUUACUAGUGCUGGUGCUUGGUGAUACUGUGAGUUCUGUUGUAUGUUGUUGUACCAUCACCCUCGAUCCUCGAUAUAUCCACGAGCGUGAGACGUGAGAUACUCUUUGUGUGUAAGCGUGUAAGUGAACUGUGUCGGUCCUCGUCCAUUGAUGUGUACAUGAUUUCCCGUAGCAGAACCAGUCUGUUGCGGUGUUGUUUUAUUCCGAGUCAAUUCUCCGAAAAAUAAACUAUUUAACUAUACAUAAAUAAUUAUCCGCGGUAUUAUAAUAAUAAUAAUAAUAAUAAUAAUAAUAAUAAUAAUCAUCAACAUCAACAACAACAAUGGAUACCCAUCUAAGGGAGCAAGUUAUGAUAAAUCAAUUUGUCCUGGCCGCUGGAUGUGCCAGAGAACAAGCCAAACAAUUGCUCCAGGCGGCUCAUUGGCAAUUUGAGACUGCGCUUAGUAUAUUCUUCCAAGAAGCGGCAAUACCAUCCUGCCCACAAGGACGUGGAGCGCAUUUAGGUCAGAUAACGCCUUGUAAUACACCUGCAACACCUCCGAAUUUUCCCGACACAUUGUUGGCUUUUCAAAAGAUGUCUGCAGGUGACAAAACGCCCUCAGGAAUGUCUCCAAAGCAAAAUGGACAGCAGCAGACAACGUCUCCAAUGUCUCACCAUGGAAUCCGGUGUAGUGUGUCCGGUACUCAGCAGCAGGCACAAAACCAACAGCAGUUUGGAUUCGGAGAGCCUCAGAGAUAAAACGCUCGAAUAAUUCGUACAAACGAUUCUUGAUUUUCAGUGAGGCUUGCAUCAUAAGUAGCUUACUACUUGCAUAAGCACUAUGACAAGCAAGACAAGUCGAAAAAUACCUCCUGUUCCUCUUGAGGAAAUUUAUCUUAUAUAACUAUAGUAUAAGAUUUAUCAACCGAGUGAGGAAUCUUUUUUAUUAAUUAAGAUUAUUAAUAUUAAUAUUAAUAUUUUUUUUUUAAGUUAUUUUAUUGGGAAAAACUCAAGGCGAGAUUAUAAAAAAUAUCAAUUAAUAAUUAAGAUGAAAUUGAUAUUUUUAAAUAACGUAUCAUCGUCCGUUGCUAAGAAUUUAACGAGUGUCUUUAAUAAAGUACUCUUAUAUAUUUAAAAAAAAAUAUAUAUACAGUAAAUAUUAUUAAGUAGAUGGAGUAAGACUUAUAGCGAUAUCACUAGCUAUUAAAUUAAAGUAAUAAUGAGUCGUGGUGAUUAAAAAA